CCCAACCCUAAACCUUCUUGGAACGCAGCCACCAUCCCUCUUCAAAGUCAUCGCCGAACUCUUCUCCUCCGGUAGAGGGUGCUGUCGCCGCCGGCGGGGACAGACCGUCUUCGAGCGCUCUCUCUCUCUCUCUCUCGCUCAACGUCCCUCUUCGAGCUCUCUCUCGCCGUCGCUGCUUCUUCGCUCCUCGCCGUGGGUCGUCGACGGAUAUAAAAGACGACGAUAGACGGUGUCAGUGGUGCCGCCGCCGCUGCCAUGGGUGCUCUUGCCACUCUCUCAUCUUGGACUUCCGAGGACAACCUUCUCCUCAAGAACGCCGUUGAGGCUGGUGCUUCUUUAGAGUCACUAGCAAAAGGUGUGGUGCAGUUUUCUCGAAGAUAUAGUUUCAAAGAAAUACGCGAUAGAUGGUAUUCUAUCCUCUAUGAUCCUAUUAUUUCUGCGGAAGCAUCUGCAAGCAUGACAGACUUCGAGAUUUCUACUUCACCUCUCCCGUCAAAGUUCAUCAAGUUUGGAAAUUCAAGAGAACGCAAAAUUGAUUCUGCAAAGAGAAAAGCUGAAAGUGUACGGACUUCCUAUUAUGCUAUGCGGAAAAGAAUCCGCAGUGACAUGUUUAAUUCCAUGGACUUAGGUUUCCUUGUUGAUCCUGAAAAUGACAAUUAUGGUGCAAAUGGAAAUGAGAGUUUACCUGAAAACUGUGUGGCCGAAGGUGAAAUGUCCAAUCAUUUUGGUUUCCAUGGUUUACAUACUGAUCCUGCUCAGUAUUCUUUUCCUGAAAAUAUGAUGAAUGGUGGUGCUACAUCGAAUGGAGUUAUUGCCCAUGCAUAUUACACCGGAGCUAAGGAUCCAGUUCAAGACGAUAUCCCUGCUGAGCAACAAGAUGUACUUAGAGAAGAACCUCAAUUUCUUCGAGAUGAUGUUUCCAAUGGAGCUGCAGAACCUCAAUUUCUUCGAGAUGAUGUUUCCAAUGGAGUUGCAGAGGAGAUGGGUGUUCCAGAAGAACUAGCCAUUGAUAGCUUCAUUGGUGACGAUAAUUUAGAGACCCCAUUUGAUCAGAUCAACAGUGAUCCUGGAAACCUGUGUUCUGAGUUUGAUGGAAAUGAUGUAUUUGAUUCAUCUGAAAUAGAAUGUGGUACAUCAUUUAAUAGCUUACAUUUGUCUCCACUCCCGGAAAUGCCAGUGUGGAAAACACAUGCGAGCAUUCAAGAGCCUGAAAUGCCAUGUGAUGAUUUUAAGGAUUCUAUUCCUUGUGGGGAGGCUUACCUGACAGAACUGUCCAAUUCUCUCUUGAACUUCACUAAUGAGGAAGAACUCUAUCUGAUGGAUGUUGAUGGAAAAGAUGGGAUUGAUAAGUCUUAUUAUGAGGGUCUGAGUUCACUUCUACUGAGUUCUCCUAAUGAUGUUAGCCAAGAUCAGAUGCCUGAAAAGGCUGAGGCAGAGUCUUCAGUGGCAUCACAACCAAAAGUUUCAAAUCUGUCAGUUUCAUGUCAAGCAAAAGUAGAUGAUAACAAUAGAUCACAGUCUAGCAAUGCUCAAACAGUUCAGAAAUCAGAUAACCAAGUAUCAUCUUCUGUCUCUGUUAAAGAUCCUCGUUUUCCUGAACUAACUAAUGGAGUUGUAUUCUGUGCACUAAACACUGAAGAACCAGAAGUUCCAUGCAAUGUUGAUGUUUUCCUACUACCCUUGGAUGUGCCUCCUUCAACAUCUCCCUAUUCAUCUGAAUGGAUGUAUACAGAAUCCAAUAAGCCAAUGUCAUCAUGUGUUCAGGAUUAUGGAUUUAGUAACCAUAAAGCUCUUGAAACAAGUAGAAUGACAAAGGUAGAACAGAAAAAACCUGCAGAGUUUCGUGGAUCUUCUCAGGUGAUGGGAUCUCCUCCCCUUCCAGGACCUGUUGGUAACUCUAAGGUAAAGUGUGAAUUUCCGAAUGCUCAUGCAUCACAUACAGCAUCCAGGAGUGCUAUGUCUGUUUCUGGUGGGUUAGGUGGAAAUAAAGCUAGCACAACCAAUGCUAUCAUGCAUGCAAAUCCAAAGGACACACCUAUCAAUGUAGGCUUGACACAUUGUCUAAAUAGUCGUGCGACAAACUCUUUUAGUGAGAAACCAACCCUUGGGUCUAAUGGCUUCAGAAAUCAUCCUUAUUCUGAUGGCUCAGGCAUGAAACAGGGAAAAAACUUAGCCUUGCCAAAAGAUCGUCAUUUGCAACAUGCUGAAGCGGGGUCUUCAGAUGUUCCCAAGUCUCAGCUGGUGGCAAUUCCUCCAACUUUAGAUGAAGAGCAAUAUAUGGAGAGUGAUGAUGACGUUCCUUGUUAUUCUGAUAUAGAGGCAAUGAUACUUGAUAUGGAUCUGGAUCCAGAUGAUCAGGAUUUGUUUUAUAAUGAGGAAGUAUCAACAUAUCAACAUGAGGAAACUAAGCGGACUAUCAUAAGGUUGGAACAGGGUGCUCAUUCCUCUAUGCAGAGAGCCAUUGCUUUACAUGAAGCAAUUGCCAUUUUAUAUGGUCGCUAUUCAAAGCAUUAUAUUAAGAAAGCUGAGGUUUUACUUGGACGGGCAACAGAAGGUGUUCCUGUAGAUAUUGACUUGGGCAAAGGAGGUUAUGCAAAUAAAAUAUCUCGACGCCAGGCAGUUAUAAAGCUGCACAAUGAUGGAUCUUUCUACAUUAAAAACUUUGGCAAGACUUCAAUAUUGGUGAAUAACAAAGAAGUGCAGACUGGUCAGUCUCAAAGACUACACUCCAAUUGUUUGAUUGAGUUGAGGGGGAUGCCAUUCAUAUUUGAGACAAAUCCUAGUCGUGUGAAGCAGUAUCUGGAUCAGCAUAUUACAGACAAUUCACAAACCUUGUAGUGUCAAAUGUAAAUGUUAGUAAGAGAUCCACGAGAACAGAAAGUGCUUAUUUUUAUUGCACUUUCUGAAUUUUGGUAAGGAAACGUUGAUGCUGUAUGUCAAUGGUUUUGAUGCUAUAAUGGUGUUUCCAUGGGAAUGGGAAUGGGCUUCUGUAGUUCAGUGCUCUCCUUCCCCCAUGUUUCUCUGCUGACGUAAGUAGAUAGUUAUUUUAGGAACAUUUUUGUAUUAUGUCAAAUUUAACCCCCCUAACCUGAGAAUGCUUGCUCACUCGCUAAUGCUGAAUCUGAAGCUCAUUACUCCCUUGCGUAUUGCUUGAAACAGCAUUCUUAAUCUAUUUUUUAAAUUAGAGAUAAUUAGGAGGAUGAGUUAAAAUUUUAAUUAUUUGUCUUUUAUUUUUAUUAUCUAUUUUUCUUACGGAUUGCUUCCACUCAAUUUAUUAUUGUGGGUUAAAAUCUUCUCAAAAUACAUGAGUCCAUGUUAUAAAACUAGGCUUUUGAAUUAUGUGUUCACAAAAAUUCGUAUGAGUGAUAUUUAAAUAAAAAAAGCCAAUUUGUCAAAGUAUCAGACAGUUUGUGGCCUGGUCAAAGGACGCUGUGCUGUAUUCUUCCGUCCACCUCGCUGGGCUGUAAGUCAAUUGCCAUUUUAUAUGGUCGCCAUUCAAAGCAUUAUAUUAAGAAAGCUGAGGUAUUUUAUUGCCUAAACUCUUCACUUGACUUGCCGUCUGAGUGUGUUUUUUAGUUUUGGGUAUUGAAUUUAUUCCAGUAUAAGAACUGAGACACACAACAUAUAUUUAGUUGCUUUAUUCUGAUUUUGUUUCUGGUUUGAGACUGAUUUGAUUGUAAAUUAUGGAGUGAACUGUCGUGAAGGUAUAAUAAUUAAAGAAUAGUUGGACAGAUCUGCUCUGUGCCCUUCAGUGAAAUCCAUUUCUAUGUUUGUGUGCGUUUUAAUCUCUUAUCAAAAGACGCGCACCGUACUCUUUUUUUAGGGCAGAAAGAUGCUAACUCAGUUUCGGGCUAAUGGAAGGACAAUUACCAUAAGCCUCCAGAAAGAAGUCUGGGAGGGGAUCGCUUAUGAAUUUCAUUCUUUCAAACUACGCGCUACGCUAAGAAUCCCUCUGUUUUGUCUCUUUUAUUAGCAAGGUAAAUUAUUAAAUUAAUCCUCUACGUUUAAUCCU